AUGAUAUUGUAAUUUUUUGGAACGAAAAACCUUAAUGAGAUAGAUUUAGUUUUUUCAAAAAUUUAUUAGUUUAAAGAGUUAUAAAUCAAUUCAUAAAUAGAUCAAAAUGCAAUAGAGACAAAAUUAUAAACCCAUCUGAAUACAAAAUACUAACAUUUCCAAAUGAUUAAUAGGAGUAAUUUAAUGAAGAAUCACAACCAUUACAUUGAAAGGAAGAAAAUCAUGAGCCUUCAAUACUUACCAUUCAAAAAGAAGAAAAGAGAAAAUUCUAUCCUUACCAUAAUGGAUAAAAUCAAUUACUACUUCAAAACUGAUCUUUCUAGAUUUAACAGGAUAUUCAUUAUCUUUAAAAAACAUUUAUUCCACAAAAAAUCAUAAAAUAACAGAAAAGCACUGACCAAAAUUAUCACCUUUGAAAGAUCUAAAAGAAACUGUCAAAUGUUCCAAAAAUCGAGUAUAAAAUAAAAUAAAAUGAAAUAAAAUUAACUAAAGCGAUUUAGUGAAAAUAAUAUUUUUCGGUUAAUUAAAAUGGACUCGCUUAGGAUGUUUUUUUUCUCAUGUUUUUGAAGCUCUAGCAAAGAACGGAGUUCAAUGAGUAAAGUAAUUAUGAGUGCUUAAAAAGAUGAUGCUUAUCUAUUAGCUGUUUUGCUGGUUGCUCUAAACCUUUUUAGUUUUUUAACAAUGUAUCAUGGUUAUAAUUUGGCAAUGAUUUUCUCAACAAUAGCAAGAAUGACACUUAUUAAUUUAGUUUAUUUAAAAUUAACUGAAUUAAGUUCUUCUUCAAUAGCUGAGGCUAAUAGAGGAAAAAUUUUGAAUUUAGUGUCUGGGGAUAUCAAUUAAAUAUAGAAAAUUAAAAAAUGA